AUGAAAUAUAUAUUAUUUGGAUUAUUGUUAGUAUUUACAUUGACAUUGGUCUCAGUGGAUUGUGCUCCAUUGACCAAACAAUGUGUGACAUGUCGUAAGGCCAACCAGAAUUGUUCUGUUGAUGGUGAUUUGUGUCCAUCUGGCUACCAAUGUGUCCAGAAGCCAGACACCUCCUACUCAGUUUGCACUCCAAAGUUAACCAUCGGCUCACUUAACUGUUCGGAUGCUCGCAAGUGCCAGGACUACCUCUCCUGUGAGACCGUCGCCAGCACCACCAAAUGUCUAAUCGUUGCCAACAAAGGAUUGGGUGAGAGUUGUGACACUGAUCGUGAUUGUGAUCCAAGUUUGAAAUGUGAUGGUACAAAUUUGACCUGUAUCAAUCCAAGCAAUCCAAACUGUACCGAUGACAAUCAUUGUAAGGCAUCUGAGAGAUGUUAUGAUAAGAAGUGUAUGACUUCAUUCCCAGAUGGAAAGGCAUGUAACUCUUCAAGUCAAUGUCUGAGAUACUCCAACUGUGAGAUCACCACCCAGUCCCAGAACUACACCGUCUGCAAUGGAUUGUUCACUCUAUCCGAGGGUCUAGCAUGUACCAACAUGUUAUCUUGUGAUCUGACUCAAGGAUUAACUUGUUACAACGAUUUCUGUACAAAGAGACCUGCCAACAGUAAUUGUACUCUUCCCUUUAUGGCCAAGUGUAACAGUAUGCAGUCUUGUACUUGUGAGGGAGAGACAUGGGCUGGUACCUGUAGAGAUAUCAUACCCCAGAACUCAAAGUCCCAACAGUUCAUACUCAACUUUGUCGACUGUAUCUACAAGUCUACAUGUCCAAUGGUUCUACUUGACAAGCCCAACAGUUGUCUUACUCAACAAUGUGGAUUCCUGGUUACCAACACAUCACUCUAUGUCGACCAGUGUGCUCCAAGUCAACCAACUACCACAACAACUACUACUACUACUCCGGCUACUACUGCUACCACUUUAGUCACUACAUCGCCAGCCACCACCUCGGCCACAACAUCAACAUCUGCUACUACCACUACUACCAUGACCUCUACGACCACUGGUGGACAUCCAAACAAUGCCAUGUCAUUGAUUGUUGCGCCAACAAUGAUUCUCAUGACCAUCAUCAUAUCUUUGUUGUUACUCUAG